AUGGAAUCUAAGACUUGCGAAAUUUGCCAACUAACUGGACUCCAAAACAAAUGGCUAGAACAUUUGAAAGAAAGACAUCCUGACCAAACCGAAUUGAUUGAAUUCGAGGAAUGGAAAUUAAAGAAAAAUCAAAAGAUCAAUGAAUGUCAAAGGCAAGAAAAUCAAAAAUUC